GUCACUUGGUGGACGAAGCGGACUACACAGACUGGACUGCCCCAUGGUGUUUUGUUAUUUUUUCCUGAAUUAGCAUGUGGGACUUUUACUGCGAUUUAUGGAAGUUUCCCGUUUGAUUCAGCCCUUGAAUCCGCUAUUUUACCCCAGAGACGAGCACUCGCAGGUCCGUUAGAGGUCCGGGAAGAGUCGCCCACUGACACUGUUGAUUCAUGGACUCAACACGGACUUCAGCUCAAAGCUUUUCUGUCAAGAGGUUGAUACGAGCUUGACUUCAUUCAUUGAGCAUCCAGAUUUUAGGGAGCAUGAAGUCAUCUUUGGACAGUAUGGUAGUCCUGAAGAUUGUGCUGUUCAUCAUUGAGGCUGUUUUACUGACCGACUGUGCAAGAGGACCUCCACGGGUGUCCGAGAAAGUCGCACACAGACAGACGGCCCGCCUCGGGAGCCCCAUCAAGCUGCCUUGCCCAGUGGAAGGAGACCCUCCUCCCCUCAUAAUGUGGACCAAAGAUGACCGCAACAUUCACAGCGGCUGGAUCCGUUUCCGUAUCCUCCGCAUGGGUCUGAAGAUCAAGGAGGUGGAGGCAGAUGACACGGGCAUCUACGUCUGUAAAGCCACCAAUGGCUUUGGCAGCGUUCACAUCAACUACACCCUCAUCGUCAUCGAUGACUCAGGAUCUGAUAAGACUGGACCCGGAGUCACUGAUGGAACAGAGUCUGUGCUGGGCACUGAUGGCUUGUCAGAAAAACUUGUGCGUCCCCGCUUCACCCAGCCUGCUAAGAUGAGGAAGAGGGUGAUAGCCCGUCCUGUGGGAAGCUCAGUGCGUCUCAAAUGCAUGGCCAGUGGAACCCCUCGACCAGAAAUCGUGUGGCUGAAGGACGACCAGCCGCUUUCGGAGCAGAAAGCUGGCGAGGCCCGCCAAAAGUGGACUCUAAGUCUGAAAAACUUGACGCCAGAGCACAGUGGCAGAUACACCUGCAGGGUCUCCAAUCGAGCGGGGGAAAUCAACGCCACGUACAAAGUUGAGGUCAUACAGAGGACAAACUCCAAGCCUAUUUUGACGGGCACUCACCCAGUCAACACGACGGUGGACUAUGGAGGCACCACGUCGUUCCAGUGCAAAGUGAGGAGUGACGUUAAGCCGGUCAUUCAGUGGCUUAAACGUGUGGAGUCUAACGAGGAGAGCCGCUUCAACUCCACCAUCGAGGUUGGAGACCACCGAUUCAUGGUGUUGCCCACGGGGGAGGUGUGGUCACGACCCGACGGCUCCUACCUCAACAAGCUGCUUAUUACCCGUGCCAAGGAGGAGGACGCUGGCAUGUACAUCUGCUUAGGCGCCAACACCAUGGGCUACAGUUUCCGCAGCGCCUUCCUCACUGUGCUGCCAGACACAAAGCCUCCCAUCACACCCAUAUUUUCACCAGCAUCCAGCUCGCUCCCCUGGCCCGUCAUCAUUGGCAUCCCUGCUGGAAUAGUGUUCAUCUUUGGCACAGUGCUGCUCUGGUUCUGCCAGAGCAGAAAACACUGUCCUCCUCCAAGCCCUCCGGCUGCAUCCACACAGGUACUGCAGAGUUCCCACCGGCUGCCGUACAGAGAGCGAGACAGGGGCUACACGGCUCCGUCGUCCAGCUCCUCCAGCCCGGAGAAAGACUGCAUGAGCUCCAUGAACUAUGAGGAGUACCUGGCCCAACAGCAGCUCCUCCUCAGCCAAGGAGGGCCCACCAUCCCACCAAAAAUCUACCCCAAAAUCUACACUGACAUUCACACACACACUCACUCCCACGUGGAUGGGAAAGUACAUCAGCAUCAACACAUUCAUUUUCAGUGUUAGCUGUAGUGCCAAAUAUCCCCCAACUGACUGAUCCAGUAUCUCACAGGGACAAGCUGCGGACUGAACAGCAGCUCCUGAGUGACGUUCACAUGGCAUUACUCUUUUAAAACUGUCAAACUCUUCCCAUAGCUGGACAAUGUUGGGAGACACAUGUGAAAAAACAGCGGCCAGUGAUGCACACCAAGUGUUACUACACCCAAACGUCCACAUUUGGUGCUUUUUUCUUUUCUUUUCUUUUUAAACCUGUCAGAUUCUCACACCACUAAAAAAGAAAAAAAUCCAUUAAGCCUUGUUAUGCACUUAAUACAAAAAGGACAAGGAAUUCUGCAGCGUGUGAGUUUAAUCGCAGAUAUUCAGGUCUUCCUCGGCAGUUCACUUUUCGAUUUUCCUACUCGAGGCGUUGCUGAAACACGGAAGGGAGAUUUUUACCUUCCACUCAAUCAGCUGUCGGAGCACAGAGGCUCUGUGUGCUCUGCCUGGCAAUGAGGGUGAAAAUGGUACUCAAUAUUUACAAAAGGGCUGGUUUUAUGCUCCUACUCAGGUUGUCCUUUUGUUUAUCAAAGAUGCAUAAUGUUUGAAAUGCUGACCACUAUCCUUUAUAUAUAUAUUACCCUCCUCCAUCCCUCACUUCUGUUCCCCGUUUGUUCAGAUAUAAAGUAGACUGGUAAGUUUCAUGAUGCCUUUUUUUUUACAAGGCAUGCAAACCUUGCCUAAGACUGCAAGGGAUGUAUGAAUUCUGUUUCAGUGUUCGCUGAAUAACUGUCUUCAUCAUUUUUAUUUUUUUAGGUAGGUUUCCAUCACUAGUCAGUAGCAUGUUGAGAUGCAGUAAAUGUUUUUCCAACCAGCAGAGGUCUUUUUUUUGACCGACACCUUAUCCAAGAACAGUUAAUGAAGCUGUAGUCAUUUAUAAUCAACUUGAGUCAUGAAUAUUUAAUUUAUUUUGUUUAAAAAAAAAUGUAUCAAAAGUUUAUUUUUCAGAGUAAGGUGUUUUACAUAUCUAUGUAAUGUUAUUAAAGUAUACUUUUGUUGUUGUGUAUAGUACAUUUUGUCACCCAGUUUAAUCACAUUUUUAGCCAUUAUUUUUAUUUUUAGAUAUUUCUGUAUGCAAUUGGUUAUAUUUGACAAUCUUGUAUGAUGUACUCUGUU